AUGUGUAAGUCUUGUGAUGUGGCUUUGUUUGGCACAGCUUAUAUAAGCAAAAGUGCGGUCAACCACAAGUCUUUUCCUAUCUUUUCCUUCCUUUCCCUCCUCAUUCUCCUUCUACUCAAUAAUUUUCGCAUUUUUGAGUAUUUGCUCCUUCUUCCUUCCCUCCUCCUCCUCCUCCCACCACUCAAUAAUUUUCGCAUUUUUAGGCAUUUGCUCCUUCUUCCUUCCCUCCUCCUCCUCCUCUCACUCAACCAUUUUCGCAUUUUUGAGUAUUUGCUCCUUAUUUUCGCAUUUUUGACUAUUUGCAGUCAUGGUCCCCAGCAAAAGAGUAAAGCCAAAGUCCCAAAACCACCGCGAGGCUCUGGCCUCAAUCCUUCGGGCGAACCAGCAAUCGAUCAACUUCGCAUUCCUACUGAACAACCACAGAUGUCAUAUUUCGCGUUCGAUGCACACGAGACCAUUUCCCAACAUGGGCACUACAGCGGCACACAGAGCACUGGCUUCGAUGAUCAAUCUACCUCCCAACAUGGGCACUACAGUGGCACACAGAGCGCUGGCUUCGAUGAUCAAUCUACCUCCCAACAUGGGCACUCUUACAGCAGCACACAGAGCACCGGCUUCGAUGAUCAAUCUACCUCCCAACAUGGGCACUACAGCGGCACACAGAGCACUGGCUUCAAUGAUCAAUCUACCUCCCAACAUGGGCACUCUUACAGCAGCACGCAGAGCGCCGGCUUCAACGAUCAGUCCACCUGGGACUUCGUUCAGAACCAACCAUCCUUAGAAGCACCCUCACAGGGCUCAUAUCCCAAACACUACUCGCAAGAUUCAUUUCAGGGUCUUACAGGUAGCAUGGCCAGCACAAGCAUGUUGGAUACAACACUCAUCCAACAAGGUGAGAUCCCUCAAACAGAUGUCAUGCAUAUGGUGGGCCCGGCAAGACUCGCAAAGAGACGAGGCGGUCAACGGCCGAUGCCACCAACACCACAAAUGGCUCCCUACCCCACAACCCGCCCACAGACGACUGAAAGCUCGACGUCACAGAUUGUGAUGUUGUCAACACACACUGAUCCCACUCCUGCUAAUAUCAUAGUCACUGAUGCCACCAUUGGCCAGAUGAUGAAGGGCGCGAUGAAAGUUGUCACGCGUGAACUAUUUAGCCUGAAUGCGAUGACCAUCGACAAAGCCCUGAAGAAAGCUAUGCUUACAAAGGUCAUUCGUGGCUCGUUGCUGCAGUGUUUUGGUCCUAACACAAUGAUCCAAAACUUCAUAACCAGCAAACAUCAGAGUGAGGUCGCAAACACGUUGUCAGUGACUCAUGGGAAGGAUGGUAGGAUCGAAAUCAAGGCAAAAUUCCAACAUCCCUUCAUAAUGUCCAACAUCAUUCAAUUCAUUUGGUUCAGCUUGUGCCAGCAAUUCCUCGGCAAGAUGGAGGAAGAACAACUGGAAAGGUUGAAAUACAUCUGGGCACUCUCUGGCGCUGCGACUUUCUGCAGCUUGGAUGAACAAUCUGAGGUUCCCGUGCAGGUUGAUCCCUUUGGGGGAAUGUCAGGCAACUGGAAGUUUCUCGCUAUUGUGAAAGCGAUGGAUGACUUGAUGGACGAUGAGAAGGCAGAAUUUUGUAGGUUUUUGCUGUAUGUGUUGCUAAUUGGACCAACACAAGCACCGUCCUCAUAG